UUCUCGAGAAGCAGCACAAAUAGUAUGCAGUGUAGUCCAUCCCUUACUUUUGAACUGGCUAAAGAAUGAAACCGACUUAGUUAUGCAACGUGCGUGUAUGAUGUAUCCCUCAAUCUUCGCCAUAAUGGUGAGUUGCUACGUGCUCGACGUCGAUAUUCCGAAACAGGCAAUGUGGAGGUUGGGAUGAUGGUAGCAAUGCGCCAGACGAUGACGAGUAAUGUCAGUGUCUGCAUACUCGUUUUAGUCAUGGGUGUAUCGGGACGCAAGGCUGGUCUGGGGAAGUACAUGGUAGCCCACACAUGGUUUGAGAAGGUUCGGACAAUGACAUAGUGCGUAGAGUCGUGUGGCGUAAGUUCGUGUGUGGUGGCGCUUCACAUCAUGAUGCAUUGCAGGUCGUCCCUACACUAACGUAUACUUAAUCUGCCUCCCCCUCACCCCAUCUUUCCUUUCCCCCAGGACGGUGUCGUCAGCGGGGGUCCUGGGCGCCCACCUGCUGUGCUCGCGGGUGCCCGGCCUCACGCCCCGCCAGAGCCGCAUCUGUACGCGGGCGCCUGACGCCAUGGUGGCCAUCAGUGAAGGUGCGAGGGCGGGCCUGCGAGAGUGCCAGCGGCAGUUCCAGCAUCAUCGGUGGAACUGUUCCCUGGCGUCUACCAACAGCAGCGCGUUCGGCCACAUCGUUCUUGUGGGGAGCCGCGAGGCCGCCUACACGUACGCGGUGACCAGCGCGGGAGUCACCCACAGCGUCACGACCGCCUGCUCCCGUGGCAACAUCUCCACCUUUGGCUGUGACGACCGCAGGCGAGGGCGGUACAGUUCUUCCAGGUGGAAAUGAGGCUGCAGCGCCGACAUUAGGUUCGGGGUCAGGUUCGCGAGGAAGUUCCUGGACGCCCGCGAGGUGGAGGGGGACGGCCGCGCCCUCAUGAACCUGCACAACAACCGGGCGGGACGCAGGGCGGUGCGGAGCGGGAUGAGGACGGAGUGCAAGUGCCACGGCGUGUCGGGCUCCUGCACCGUCAAGACCUGCUGGAGGACCCUCCCGCCCUUCACCUUCAUCGGGAAGCACCUCUUCCACAAGUACAGGAAGGCCAAGUCCGUCUCGGUGCAUAAGGGCCGGAGAAGAUCCACGCCUCACCUGCGUCUGGAGAGGGUCAGGAGAAGAGCUCGACGGCCCCGCAAGUUUCAUCUUGUGUACUUGGAAAGGAGUCCCAACUACUGCCAAUGAAUCCCGCGGUGGGUUCGCUGGGCACCGUGGGUCGCAAAUGCAACAGAACUUCGUCAGGUAAUAUACUGCGACCUCAAAAUUUACUUGCAUUUUACAGUGUUUGUUUCUCCACACCUUUUAGCAUAAUCAUCAAUGUUGUUGCUA